ACCUUCUCCCGUUACAUAAAUCUCCUCCCACUUACCAAUUGUACACCGUGAUACAGUGGGAGGUUCAAUCGUCACUGAGCUCGGAUCUUUGACCGCCACCGCCACCUCCACCUUCUCGUGUCCCUUCUGUCAAGUUGCAGCUGCAGAACAUGCAGAUCCUGCAUUCGCUGUUGAAGAUCCCGCAUGAUCUCCCCUGUGCAAGCAGCAGAGCCUGUCACGACGAAGUGAAGCGGAGAGAUUUGGUGGUCUACAACGGAGCGAUAUCCGGUGAGGACGACGAGGGUGGAGCGGAAGAUGACACGACGCUCACGUUCGUACUGAGGGCACAGAACGGCCGGACGUGCUUCUACGGCACGCUGCGGUUGAAGUAUCUCAGAAGCCUGUUCAAGAGCCAGGAGGAGGAGGAGGGCGGCGAGUCGAGAAUGGGACACAAGACGGAGACGGUUAACGUAGGCUGUAAAGUCCUGCCGAUCUGUGACGCCGUGUCGACCGGCUCCAACGGCAGCUACGGCUCCGACAAGGACAAACAGAGGAGUGAGCGGACAAAGGCGGUCUCGCGGAUGAAGGAGCUGCUCAGGUGGGCUGCCGCCGCCAAGUCCUCCAAAGGAGGAAGCAAAGCUUGGAAGGCGUUGUAUUUUCGACACAAAGUCGCACUGAAAGCCGAAACGGAUGAUUCGAGUUCGACAUCCAGUGAAAUAAGCUUCAAGUGGGACGGCGGCAGCUGCUCGAGUGCUUCGUCGGUGCGUUCUCCGCUUUCACUGGCGUCCACCUCUCGAAACGAUCGCAUGGUGGUGAAGAACCCGUCGAGGCUCUCAGUUCGUCGACAGAGUCCAGAGCUCGACCCAAAUCUACUGGGAAGCCCCAAGAGCGAAGACCAUGUCAGAAAUGGGCAGUGGAUCACUACAGACUCCGAAUUUGUGGUGCUCGAGCUCUGAACUCAACCUGGAGUUCCUCGGUGCCAUUUGCGUGUAACCUACGCUGAUCCAUCCAUGUAUUGCUAAUGGUUCGAGAAUUCGUGGCGAUGGCUACAGCGCUGCAGUUUCCAUUUCUACUCGGAGAAUUAAAGACAUGUCUAUUUUCUGGAAAUAGUGUGUUAUCUUCUGGAAGCUGUCUCAGCUUUGGGUGAUCUCAUUGCCUUCUCCUCCUCCUCUCCUUUCCUUGGGUGAUGCGUGUCUGCCAGUGUUGGAAUUUAA